GCUAGCAUGAAUCAGCUAACCAACCACCCUCACGAAAAAGAAUGCAAGUUGGAUAGGAAUGAUGGAUCAAAUUCAGUAAUAACUUUGGUUGGGAGUCAAACACCUCUACGCGGCCGUCGGACUACGGUCGUCUCCGAUUUCAAGAUUCAACCUUGUUCGGGUUUUGGAAUCAGAAAUCGGCGAUCGGUCCACUUGAAUUGUUCUAGACUUGUUUUGGGUGCCAAGACUACAUUAUGAUGAACGGGACUCAUAGUACGGGUGACUGUUCUAGCUCUACUUCCCUGAGCAGCCAGCAGGAUGUUGAUGAUGACUGCAUGAUUGCCGUUGUACUAUCGGAAGAGUAUGCUAAGUUGGAUGGUGCAGUUGCUAGACGCCUUUCCAACCUGGCACCUAUUCCGCAUAUCCCACGGAUAAAUUCCUACAUCCCCAACAUAAGUGAUGCUAGUUUGGAUCAUCAACGGCUUCUCCAGAGGUUGCAUGUCUAUCGUUUAUAUGAAGUAAAGGUUUCUGGUGAUGGCAAUUGUCAGUUUCGCGCACUUUCAGACCAGAUUUACAAGUCUCCAGAUUAUCACAAGCAUGUGCGGAAAGAGAUUGUUAAACAGCUCAAAGACUAUCGUUCUCAAUAUGAAGGCUAUGUCCCUAUGAAGUACAAACACUAUUACAAGAAAAUGGCAAAAUCCGGUGAAUGGGGUGAUCACGUUACCUUACAAGCAGCAGCUGAUAAGUUUGAAGCGAAGAUUUGUCUUUUGACAUCAUUCAGAGAUACUUGCUUUAUCGAAAUUAUGCCUCAAUUCCAGCCACCAAAACGUGGUAAGUUCAAAAGUUGUGGCUGAGUUUCUGGUCUGAGGUUCAUUACAAUUCAUUAUAUGAAAUCCAAGAUGCUCCAAUUGAACAAAAACCGAGGAGGAAACACUGGUUGUUCUAGAUUUCUAGUGGAAUCUGACUCCUGAAGUUGGUAUUCCACUCACUCAGGAAUGUUCCAAGGUUUUAGUGCUGUGCAUUUGUUCCCUAGAUGAUGAAUACUGAUACGAUAUAUGGAUUUCACAAUAUACUUGGUAAAAAAAAAAAACGUAAAAUAUAUACACUAUUACAUGUUGGUCCCUACUGUUGUAAAUGGUUCGUAGCGUUGGUUUAGAUGUAUUUUUUUAAUUUUUCUCAUUUUUGCAAGAAUAAAGACGAGCUAAUAUUAAAAGUGAUUUUUUUUUUUUUUA